AUGAUAAAGUCCUCCUCGGCGUCGGAAUUCUUCUCGAAGACGAAAACGAGGCACUCGACGCCGGUUAUUGUCGAUUCGGUGUGCUAUGAUAUCCCAAAUGGGACGAAGUCGUCGUCGUCGACACCAAAUUCGUCUGAAAACAUUCGGUUGUUGGAUAACGUCUCGACGGUGUUCGAGAACGGGUCGAUGUCGGCGAUAAUGGGGCCCAGUGGCGCCGGGAAGACAACCUUGUUGGACAUUCUCUCGUGCAGGAAAACGAGAGGGGUGAUUUCCGGGACCGUGAUGUUUGGGUCGCAAAACGCGACGAAGAAAACGUUCAAGGAGUGCGCGGCGUACGUGGAACAGUUCGAUACCUUGUUGCCGAUGUUGACGGUGGAAGAGACGCUGUAUUACUGGAGCGAAAUGCAAGCGAGAACGCACGCGGACGCGGAGUUGAAGAAAGAACGAGUGAGGGAGAUAUUGCAACACUUGAAUUUAACGAGUUGUAAAGACGUCGUCGUCGGCGACGCGCUGAACCGAGGGAUAUCCGGCGGACAAGCGAAGAGGACGAACAUCGCUUUGGCUUUAGUCACGGACCCGGACGUGUUGUUUUUGGACGAGCCUACGAGCGGCUUGGAUUCGCAAUCGUCCGUGGAGGUUGUGGAGAUUUUGAGAAACUUGGCGAAUACGGGCGUGACGGUCGUGGCGACGAUUCACUCGCCGACGCCGGACGCGUUUCGAUAUUUCGAUACGCUGUGCAUGUUGAAGAACGGAAAGAUGACGUUUACUGGGCCUAUAUUUGACGAAACCGCCGGAGGUAAAUAUUCGGCGAUUUCCUAUUUCGCAUCAAUUGGGUUCAAAUGGGACACGAAAUCAAAUUUGGCGGAUUUCUUGACCACGACGUGCGCUUCGGAGGAUUUGGAUUUUGAAGACGCGUUUCGAAAUUCAGAAUGCGGGAAAGCCGCGCUGACAAAGACAAAAUCGAUUUUGGAGAAAGAAAUGCUGUUGCCAGCGAAACCAAAACUAGCGAAAGCGGAGAGAGGCGCGUUUGCAAAGAUUAAAACGCUUUUGAAAUACCGCACGAUCCGAAAUUACAAAUCUGUUGAUUUCGUCAUGAGUCGCGCGGCUGGACAAAUUUUGUUCGCCAUCGUACAAUUCACCUUGUUCCUGGAAAUUGGCAAGGCAGAAGGCGAGGCUAUGGACCAAGCGAAUCAACUCAACGUCGCGAGUUUACUGUACAUGUUGAAUAUUUUACCUUCGUUUGGCGCGAGUGGGUACAUGCCAUCCAUCGUACUCGAGAGAGCGGUGUUUUAUCGCGAAGUCGACGACGGCUCGUACCCGCUCUUUUCGUACGUUGCGUAUAAGUUCAUCGAAGAGGGUGUUUUAGCGAUACCAGUGACGCUAGUCGCGCAAACGGCGUUGUAUUUGGGGUGCGCGUUGCAAGGCUCGUUCGCCAUCUUUUGGAUAUGUAACUAUAUGGUGUUGAGUUGCGGCAUAGCGCUCGCGUACGUAUGCGCUUCAGUCGCUCCGAACAUGGACGCCGCCAAUACGCUUUUGCCAGUUUAUAACGUCAUUCAGCUUCUAUUUUCUGGGAUGUUGAUACGUAGAGCUGACAUGCCGAGCGGCUGGGAGUGGUACUCGCACACGCUCUUCGUGCGAUACGGAUGGCAGGCGCAGAUGAUUAAUCACUUCGACAACAAAGAACCGAAGGUUUUUCAAACGAAAGAAGGUAAAAUGGAAGGGAUUAUUGAGUUUUACGGAGCGAGCGGUACUAUUACCUCGAAUUUAAUCGCCGUCUUUGGUCUGUAUUGGUUCUGGAUCAUAGUCGCAUACGUCUGUAUGAAGAAUAUUCGGCAUCAAAGCCGAUAG